CCUUGCUUCCUUCAAGUCCGCUAGGACGACCCCACUUCCUCCCCCACGCUUAUUGGUCGGCUCGUCUUUGAACUCAAUUCAUUGCCCAGUCAGCAAACUAAAUCGACGCCAGCCGGGCGCAGUCGGACAUCGACAGCCAUGUCGGAGCAACAAAGGCAAAACACCCAGUCUCCGCCCAUACCAUCGACGACGACGACCAGCUCCUCGAAGCCGGGCAGCCGCGAUGGAACUCCAACAGCCAAGCGAGCUUCGUCGAUAGAUUCGCAGCAGCAGAGAAACCGGGCGGGCAACUCUCCCCUGGUUCCCCUCACCCGCCUACCACCUUCGUCUUCUCCUUUGACAAGCAACGCCGCUUUCUCGGCCACGUCGAGCACAUUGCCGGGCACCGUGUCCACCACUGCGACUGCCACUGUCAGCUCAAGCCGCGGAGCAACAGUAGUUCCACCCUCUGCAGGGACGAUCUCGCCUUCUUCGGAGAGCGGCCGGCUCGCGCGCUCUUCGUCGCUCCACUCUUCUCGCUCUUCGCGCCUUUCCAAUUCUUCCGUCACCUCAUCUCCUCCCACUUUUGCUCAGGCCGGCCGACACAUGUCUCACGGCGGCCAGACGCGGCCCGUGCCGCAGCCGACAUCGACGCAAAAGGACAUGUUCGACCAGGCCGUCGCUUCGUCCAACCUCGCCUCGUCGUCCGAGGGCCUCCAGGCUCUUCUCCGGGACCACCCCGAGCUCGUCUCAUCAAGCUUGAGCCGGGCAGCGGGACCGGGCUGGAGCGAGCUGAGCGAGAGCACCAGGGGAAGCCGCGGCGGCUCCCAGCCAGGCACACCGGGCGAAGAAGGAGGCAAUGAAGGACAUAUUCUCAAGGACGCGCCCCAUGUUGGAGAGGGGGGAGCCAGCCAGUCCGUCACGCCGAGCAAUGCGCCCAACUUGGGCUCCACUGGCGCCAAGCCCGACUACAGCGGCGAAAAGAUUGUCGUCGCCAUGGUUGGCCUGCCUGCGCGAGGAAAGAGCUACCUGAGCAACAAGCUGAUGCGUUAUCUGAGGUGGCUCGAGUACGAUGUCAAGGUCUUCAACGUCGGCCAACUGCGGCGGGCGCUUGCCAAGGCCAAGCUCAAGGAGUCAGGCCAAAAGGAGGACCACACAGCCACCUUUUUCGAUCCCCACAACCCGGCAGCGUUCAAGCUGAGAACGCAGAUGGCCGAGGAGUGCCUCGAGCAGCUCAUCGGCUGGCUCAAAAGGGGUGGUAAUGUGGGCAUUCACGACGCCACCAAUAGUUCGCGAAAGCGGAGGGCGGCCAUUGCGCAGAGGAUCGCAAAGGAGCCUGACCUCAAGCUCAUCUUCCUCGAGAGUCUGUGCACGGACCCGCAGGUCAUUGCCGCCAACAUUGCCGUCAAGGUCUCGUCUGGCGACCCAGACUAUGCCGGAAUGUCGCCCGAGGCCGCAAAGGAGGACUUUCUCAAGCGCAUCAAGCACUACGAGGAGACAUACGAGUCUGUCGACGCGCAUGGCGACGAAAAGGACCUGAGCUACUGCAAGAUUACCGACGUAGGCCGUAGCGUCGUCGUCAAUGAGAUCCAUGGCUACCUCGAGUCGAGAAUCGCAUUCUACCUCAUGAACUUGCACCUCACUCCACGCAACAUCUUUUUCUCACGGCACGGCGAGUCGCAGUACAACGUCGAGGGCAAAAUUGGAGGUGACUCGGACCUGUCCGAGCGCGGCUGGGCCUAUGCGAAGGCCUUGCCUCAGCUGGUCAAGGAUGCCGUGGGCGAUGCCCCGCUGACGGUGUGGCACUCUACUCUGAAACGAACGGGCCAGACGGCUUCGUUUCUGCCCUACCCCAAGCUAGCCUGGAAGUCGCUCGAUGAGCUCGACGCUGGUGUAUGCGACGCAAUGACGUACGAGGAGAUCGAACGAUUUUACCCCGAAGACUAUGCCUCAAGAGAUGAGGACAAGUUCAACUACAGGUACAGGGGCGGCGAGUCGUACCGCGACGUCGUCGUCAGGCUCGAGCCCAUCAUCAUGGAGCUCGAACGGCAGGAGAACAUUCUCAUCAUUGGUCACCAGGCCAUCCUGAGGGCCCUCUACGCCUACUUCCAUGCCCUGGGCCAGGACGACUUGCCGUACAUCAAGAUUCCGCUGCACACGCUCUUGGAGCUCACGCCGGCAGCAUUCGGGACGCGUGAGAGGCGCUUCAAGGCGCCCAUCGAGGCGGUCAACACCCACAGGGACAAGCCGGCUCCCCGGGAAAAAAUCUCCCAGCCGCCGAGCCCUGCUCUGGACCCCAUGGAGGAGGCCGCAACCUCCAAGCCGCCCUCGCAGCUGGAUCCCGACGCUCAGAGGCCAGAGUAGAUAGGCUUUGGGUCAAUGACAUUUUACCAUCAGGC